AAUGCGUCAACGUAUUGAAACAGGAAGUGAGGACGUGACGUCACGUCACCUCGGUUUCGAGAAGAUGGCGACGGCCAAGGUGAAGCAGGACAUGCCUCCUCCGGGAGGUUAUGGACCCAUCGAUUACAAGAGAAAUCUUCCGAAACGGGGAUUCUCUGGGUACACAAUGUUUGGAAUCGGUAUUGGCAUCAUGAUGUUCGGAUAUUGGCGGAUGUUUAAAUGGAACAGAGAGAGGAGGCGGCUGCACGUUGAGGAGCUGGAGGCGCGGAUAGCACUGCUGCCCCUGCUACAGGCAGAGAAGGACAGGAGGAUGCUGAAAAUGUUGCGGGAGAAUCUAGAAGAGGAGGCAGAGAUCAUGAAGGAUGUUCCUGGGUGGAAGGUUGGAGAGAAUGUCUUCAACACCGAUCGCUGGGUUCCUCCAAUCACAGAGGAGCUGUUCAACUUAAAGCCACACGCAGAGAUGGUGCGCAAGCGCUUCGGUUUCCAUUGGGCCCUGUGAGGCCUUGUUUAGGCUAAGCCUGCACUUUGCUACAACUGGCUGGCUCCACACCGCCCCCUGGAGGACAGGAAGAGGAACUGCGUAUGGUGUUCGGUGUUGUUCAUUGUAAAUGUUAAUUAUUAAAAAUCUCUUUUCAUUA